AUCCAACACUCGUCGCCGACACUCCACCACCGACCGAUAUAUCCUCGAACUAUCUCUGCCCGGUCCGCGCGGUAUUGGUGUUGAAUUAAGCUCCGCUGCAUCACCACAACCUUUCCCGACCUCCCCAGAAACAAAAUGUCGGCCUCUGCGGUGCUUUCGAGGGCGUCUCGUGGAGUUUGCACGAGAGGUGCAUGGAGUGGAUUGAGAGCACAGGAUACCGUUACACGGAGAAUACCUGCGCUCUCAGCGCUCGCCCGCUACUAUGCCUCGAAAUCAUUCCCACCGCACACUGUCAUCACGAUGCCCGCCCUCUCACCAACCAUGACCUCCGGAAACAUUGGAUCGUGGCAGAAGCAGGCCGGUGAUGCUCUCGCACCUGGUGACGUUUUGGUGGAGAUCGAGACCGACAAGGCACAGAUGGACUUUGAGUUUCAGGAGGAUGGUAUUCUCGCAAAGAUCUUGAAGGAUUCGGGUACAAAGGAUGUCGCUGUGGGCAACCCAAUUGCUGUCAUGAUCGAGGAGGGCGGUGAUGUAUCCGCGUUUGAGUCUUUCUCCCUGGACGAUGCUGGUGGUGAGAAAGCUCCACCUGCGGCCAAGAAGGAGGGUGGUCAGGAAGCUGCUGAGGCUUCGGAGCCACCAUCAUCGAGCUCCCCAACCGCACCGGAACCCAAGGAGGAGGCACCCAAGGCACAGGAAUCCGAGUCUUCCGGCGAGCGACUGAGGACAUCCCUCGAGCGCGAGCCAACCAUUUCCCCAGCCGGCAAGAAGCUCGCUCUGGAGAAGGGCAUCGCGAUUGGCGGCAUCAAGGGAUCUGGUCCAGGUGGUCGCAUCACCAAGCAGGACGUCGAAAAGGCCAAGCCAGCAGGCGGUGCUGCUCCAGCAACAGGUGGUGCUCCUGCAGCUGCCUCCUACGAGGACAUCGAGGCCACGAGCAUGCGCAAGACCAUUGCCGCCCGCCUGACCCAGUCCAUGCAGCAAAACCCUCACUACUUCGUCGCCUCCUCCGUCUCAGUCAGCAAGCUCCUCAAACUCCGCGCCGCCCUCAACGCCUCCGCCGACGGCAAAUACAAGCUUUCCGUCAACGACUUCCUCAUCAAAGCCCUCGCCCACGCCGCCCGCAAGGUUCCCGCCGCCAACAGCUCGUGGCGUGAGGAGAACGGCAAAGUGUUCAUCCGCCAAAACAAUGUCGUCGACGUCUCCGUCGCCGUCGCCACUCCCGUCGGCCUCAUGACUCCCAUCGUCAAGAACGUCACCGGUACCGGCCUCGAAGCCGUCUCCUCUCAGAUCAAAGACCUCGGAAAGCGCGCACGAGAUGGCAAGCUUAAGCCGGAGGAAUACCAAGGCGGCACCAUCACCAUCUCCAACAUGGGCAUGAACGACGCCAUUGACCGCUUCACGGCUGUCAUCAACCCGCCUCAAGCCACCAUCCUCGCCGUCGGCGCUGUCAAGAAGGUCGCGAUUCCCAAGGAGCUCGAGGACGGCUCGGAAGGUGUCGAGUGGGACGAGCAGAUUGUGCUGACUGGAUCAUUUGACCACAAGGUCGUGGAUGGCGCGGUCGGAGGCGAGUUCAUGCGCGAGUUGAAGAAGGUCAUCGAGAACCCGCUUGGACUGAUGCUUUAGGGGAAGGGAGAUGCGACUGGCCGAACCGGAUCGAUCGGCUGUGUUUUUCGUGUAUGGCCUUUUUGUACUUUGGGCGAAUUGAUGUACAGUGAGCGACUACCUAUCUGAUCUGCGACUUUCUCCUCU